CCACCUCCACCCCGUUUUUUUGUCUAUAUAAAAAAAAAAAACCCAUUUCCCCAUUUUUUUCAAUUAACGAAAUCCCCGUAAAGUAUCAUUCGGGUCUCCCCCUUUUCUUCUUCAUCGUUCUCUCUUCGCUUCUGGGGUUUCAUAAUCGAUCCCACCAUUUGAUUUCCGGUGAUAUUCCGGCGGAGAUAUACGUUUUCUUUUUCUUUUUCUUUUUCUUUUUUUUUGUUGGUGUUGCAUUUGUUUACAAGAGACGAAGAGUUUUUGUUGUAUCUUCAAAGUUAUUUUAGAUGGUUCUUCUCGGUUCCAUCUUCUCAAUUUGCAGGGAUGCAGCUGGAGUUGCUGGGCACAUAUUUGCUUUUGGGCUUUUCCUGUCACCUUUAGAUACAUUUAGACGUGUGAUCAGAAACAAAACAACAGAACAGUUUUCGGGUUUGCCAUACAUAUAUGCUCUGUUAAACUGCCUUAUUUGCCUGUGGUAUGGCACACCCCUCAUUUCUCCGAGAAACACGAUGGUCAUGACGGUCAAUUCGAUAGGCGCAGUAUUUCAGUUAGCCUACAUCUUGCUCUUCAUAACAUAUGCUGAAAAGGGGAAAAAGAUAAAAAUGCUAGGAUUGUUGCUUGGAGUAUUUGGCCUUUUUAUAGUUAUUGUUAUUGGGAGCUUACAAAUAACUGACCUCCCCUUGCGACGGAAUGUUGUCGGGAUUUUGAGUUGUGCAUCUCUCGUAUCAAUGUUCGCCUCUCCCUUGUUUAUUAUUAAUUUGGUGAUUCGAACGAAAAGUGUGGAGUUUAUGCCAUUUUAUCUCUCCCUUUCGACCUUCCUCAUGAGCAUAUCUUUUUUCCUCUAUGGACUGUUCAAUUACGAUCUAUUCGUUUAUGCCCCAAAUGGAAUAGGAACUAUGUUGGGGAGUGUUCAAUUGGUGUUGUAUUGCUACUUCAGUCGAGUUGCUAGAGAGGAGUCUAGAGAACCUCUAAUUGUAUCAUAUGCGUAGAUACGUACAUUGUGUAUUUACAUCAUGAUAACGAGGUAAGAUUUCAAUUUCCAUGUGCUUUAUCAUCUAUCCUUGUUAACUAACGGACUAAAACGAUCUAGUUUUUUGGAUUUCUGCUACGGUAAGGACAUGGUGUGGAAAAUAGGAAAACAGCCAAUCUGAAAAUGUUUUUCAUUUACCGCACGAACAACAGAUUUCCAAGGGUUGAUAAUUGGUUCUUCCACAGCAUCCGUGUGCAGUUCGUUGUUAGCCAAUGAGCCGUUAUCGGGCUACAUUGUGUUUUGUUGUAAAAUUACCUCUCCAUUAAUUUCUUCAUUUUGAUUGAUUGGUUUGUUUUUUCAACCCACCAAUCACUUAAAUGGCGUAUUUUUAGACAACCAACCCCAAAUUCUCAAGAGUGAAGAAUGUUGUAAUGUUUUUUAGCCUUGUGAUUUAAAAGCUUUGCUCCA